AUGCUUUCUUCACGCCUAGCCAAAUUAAACCAUUUCUCAAAGUCGAAACGAGAAGACGAUGACGACGACGUAGGAGGGGAGAUCGACUCCACCACCGUCGCAGGAGGCGGCCACGGUGCUCGCCAAACUGCCAUCACCAAGAAUCAACUCAGAGUCAGUCAGGCCCUAAAGUCAUUCCUCGUCCAUGAGAAAAUCCUAUCCACGGAAAACGCGGGCCUAGACAGCUUCGAUCAGCCGACUGAAGCAGUACGGGCUCUCCUUGACAAGCCACAUAUCAAUGUCCCAUCGUCCGUUACAGACAGGUCACACCCACUGCCCGACUACUUCAUCAGCUCGAGCCAUAACACUUACUUGAUCGCCCAUCAGCUUUAUGGGAGCUCUUCAGCCGAUGCUUAUGAGACCGCGCUCAAAACGGGCUCGCGUUGCGUUGAAAUUGACGCUUGGGACGACGACGAGAAUAAUGAGGAGCCCAAGGUCACGCACGGGUACACACUCGUAUCCCAUAUCACCUUCCGCUCAGUUUGCGAGACCAUCCGCGAUGUCGUUGACCAGGAGGCAGCCGAGUCGAUCAAUGAACAAGCCUACCGAGCAGCACCCAUUCUUUUGUCCCUUGAAAAUCACUGUAGCGCUCACGGGCAGCUGCGUCUUGUUCAAAUCAUGAAGGAGGUCUUGGGCGACCGUCUCCUAAGUCAAGCCGUUAGACAAAAAGGCCACCAAGAGCAGCAGGGUACCGACGACCAUGUGAGCCUCGAAGAGCUCGGAUCUAAAGUUUGUGUCAUUGUUGAGUACCACCUUCCCAACGAGAUCGAUACUAGCUCCAGCGACGAGGACGAAGAAGAAAAGCAAGCCCACCAAGCUUACAACGAAAAGAAGAAAGCUGCCGCUCCCGCCGGCAUCGUGUCGGAACUCGCCGACUUAGGCAUCUACGCCCAGUCAGUGAAGCCUAGCAACAGCUCAUGGUUUGUUCAAGGUGAGCUCGAAAACGGCCCCCACCAUCAUCUCAUAAACAUUUCGGAGUCCGGGUUGGCAUCCCACAUGCCGGUUGAGAGCGAAAAGAUUGCUCGCCACAAUGCGCAGCAUCUCAUGCGCGUGUAUCCCAAGGGCACCCGCAUCUCGUCCAAAAACCUCAAACCGGUCCCCUUCUGGGGUGUCGGAGCCCAGAUAUGCGCACUCAACUGGCAAUCUUUCGGUGCCAGUGUGCAGCUUAACGAGGCGCUAUUCAGUGGCUCAGAUGGAUACGUGCUAAAGCCUGCGGCCCUCCGCGCUGGUGGCGACGGGAAGCUUAACACGGGCAAGAGGAAGAAGCUGCGUUUCCACGUCGCUGGAGCAUCAGACGUACCACUCCCAGAAGGCCGCGAAGCAGACGACAUCAAGCCGUAUGUCACCUGCACGCUCGUUCAUGCAGAUGACUUGGAGAAUAAUCCACCCAAACGCAAAACGGUGCCCUACAAGCACCACAAGCUUGGCUUCCUGCACAAAGGCGAGAACCCACCGCCAACAGAUCCGGUCUGGAACGAGACGCUGGAAUGGGAAUAUGAGGACAACGAGCUGGUGUUCCUUCGUAUGCUGAUCAAAAGCGAUGAUAGCUUUGCCAGCAAUCCAAUCUUUGCGGUUGCCGCAGUAAGGAUCAUGUAUGUGGCGCCUGGGUGGAAUUUCAUCCGCAUGCUGGACUUGAAGGGGAGGGAGACAAAGUGUUCCUUACUUGUAAAAUUUGAAGUUGAGGAUAUAUAA